GGUGGGGGAGAGAGAGAGGUGUCCAUGUUGAAGCCCAGGAAGGGACUGGGGGACAGUGGGGCUACCCCUGAAAUGAGGGCUCUGGAAAAAAGGUAAAUGAGAGAGACACUGAGGCCAGUGUGGCCCUAGUAGGUGGAAGGAGCCUGGUGGAUGUCCAGGGGGACGCGUACAUGAGUCCGUGGGACCCCAAGGUCUGAGGUUCAGGAGAGACACGGGGGCAGGGAAGGAGAUGUGGUCGAUCCAGACCUUGGCUCCUGCCCAAGGCUCUUUGCUAGAAUCUCAGCUGCCCCCAGCCCCUUCCUCAACCCCAUCUCUCCUCUGAGGGAUGUCAGGAAUCCCUGCGUCUCCCGGUCUCCUCAGGAAGUCCCAGGGCUGGCAAAGCAUGUCCUCGAGUGUCCUUCUAGGCUCUGAGCACUGGGCCACAGCUCCUACUAGAGGGAAGAGGAGAGCGAACACCCCACAGGAGUGAGAGGAGAAUAUUUAUAACAUCAUCACCUCCUAAGUUCCGUGAUGAAGGGAGGCCAACACAGGCUGACAGAGCCAGCCAUCGCCUCUGCAGGCAGGAAGAGUUGGAGAUGGCCAAGGCCCGGAACCAACUGGAUGCUGUUCUGCAGUGUCUGCUGGAGAAGAGUCAUAUGGACAGGGAGCGUCUGGAUGAGGAAGCCGGAAAGACCCCCUCGGACACCCACAACAAAGAUUGCUCCAUCGCGGCCACCGGCAAACGGCCGUCUGCCCGCUUCCCCCACCAGCGGAGGAAGAAGAGGAGGGAGAUGGAUGAUGGGCUGGCUGAGGGAGGGCCACAGCGAUCCAACACGUAUGUGAUCAAGCUGUUUGACCGGAGCGUGGACUUGGCUCAGUUCAGUGAGAACACACCGCUGUACCCGAUCUGCCGGGCCUGGAUGCGCAACAGCCCCUCAGUGCGCGAGCGUGAACGCUCGCCCAGCUCACCACUGCCCCCGCUGCCUGAGGAUGAGGAGGGUCCAGAGGUCACUAACAGCAAGAGUCGGGAUGUGUACAAGCUGCCUCCGCCUACAGCCCCUGGGCCACCUGGAGACGCCUGCAGAUCCCGAAUUCCAUCCCCACUGCAGCCUGAGACCCAGGGUACCACCGAUGAUGAGCCCUCCGAGCCGGAGCCCUCACCCUCCACACUCAUCUACCGCAACAUGCAGCGCUGGAAACGCAUCCGCCAGAGGUGGAAGGAGGCAUCUCAUCGGAACCAGCUUCGUUACUCAGAAAGCAUGAAGAUCCUACGGGAGAUGUACGAGCGACAGUGAUGUUCCCCUGUCCCCCCAACCCCAAUAAACAUUCUCCUCCUCCCUCCUG